CAGAUGGUUUCAAGUAGUAAAUGCAAAGUUAAAAUUCAUUUUUGAUUUUUCCAGUUUUAAUUUUAGUGUGUGAAGUAGUUAGCAAAUUUUGCAUUUUCGCUUUUCCUGAAAAAUUAUCUUUUUUUAUGGAAUAUCAGGGUCAUUUGUUUAAUUUCAGUGUUGAAGUUUAGACAUCUUUUUUGUUCCAAAACCCCAUAGUAGAAUGGCAUCAAGGGCACACGUGCAGGAUAAUUCGGUUGUUGAAAGAAGAUUAAGGCCUGUUUACGACUGGUUAGAUACUGGCAAUAACAAGAAAGCAUUACAAGAAUGUGAUAAAGUUUUAAAGAAGACCCCCAACUUACACUGUGCCAAAGCCCUAAAAGCGUUAGCCCUUUUACGAAUUGGUAAAGAAUCCGAAUGCACAACAUUAUUAAAUAAUCUAGUAGCAGAAAAGCCUUCAGAUGAUGCCACAUUACAAGCAAUUACUCUGUGCUAUAGGGAAUUACAACAUUUGGAUAAAAUUUGUACCCUAUACCAAACUGCAAUUCAAAUUGAUCCAAGCAAUGAAGAACUUCACACACACUUGUUCAUGUCAUAUGUUCGAAUUUCGGACUUUAGAAUGCAACAGCAAUCAGCACUUAAUUUAUACAAGUUAAAGCCAAAAAAUCCUUAUUACUGUUGGGCUGUGAUGAGUGUUAUUUUACAAGCCACAAGGGGACAAGGUAAAAGGGAUCCCCAAAAGAAGAAAGUACUAUUAAGUUUAGCAGAACGUAUGAUGGAUAAACAGAAAACAGAAGACAAGUUGGAAGCAGAACCUGAAGUACAAUUGUACUUAAUAAUAUUAGAGUUGCAGGAGAAGUAUGAAGAAGCUUUAGCUGUACUGGAAAGUCCAUUAGGAACAAUGUUGACUUGCUCACCACCUACAAUGUAUAAGUUGCCUUAUUUAAUUAAAAUGAAGAGGUGGAGAGGUGUUAAUUUGUUCUGCAAAAAUAUUCUUACAGAAAGCAUGGAUAGGUGGGACGUUUGGAAAGAAUAUAUUAACUCAGUGUUCCAAUUAAUGUCUUCGAAACCCCAUGUGAAUAAUCACAUGGAUGAAAACAUAAAAACUGAAAAUUCCGCGGGAAACGGCGAAAAUGAAUUUUAUUCUGUUGACGAUACACCAGAGAAGGCUCAUGAGUUUAUUUGUAGCAUUGUAGAGAAUGGAGCUGAUAAUGGUAAACAAAGAUAUCUACUACGAGGCCCGUACCUUGCCAGAUUUGAAUUGUGUUCACACUUAAUUAAAGUGGGAACUGAUACCACUGACCUAUUAGGAGAAACUAUGGAACUGUUUAUUGAAUAUUUUCACAAAUUCGGACACAAAUCGUGUUGUGUUUCAGACUUAAAAAUAUAUUUGCAAUUAUUAGAUUCAGAUAAAAGAUCUGAGUUAGCCACAAGACUCCUUAGGGACGUUGGAAUAUCAGCUACAAGUGUCCCAAAAUCAGAACACCAAAUGCAAAGACACAUCUGUUCAUUACAAAUAUCUCGAUUAUGCGGGAACCAACGGAACCUCUCGUCUGAUUAUUUGCAAGCUAUGGUAACCGCUUUAUCGUUACAUUAUCAACACGGAUACCAAACGUAUGGUACCAACUUACUUCCGACCGAUCCGGGUCCUUCGGAUGCCUAUGCUAUCUUGGCAAGUCAUGUAUUGUAUGACUUAGCAAUUGCCCAGAACAGUUCUCAACCUCUCGUGUGCGCCCUGGUACUGCUAGAAAAUUUAUUACGAAAUAGCCCCAGCAAUUUUAAUGCUAAAUUGCUCUGUGUUAAAUUCUAUCAUUUACUUGGGUGUGGUGCUGGUGCUCAUCACUGGUACGAAAGCUUAGAUAUUAAACACUUACAGCUGGACUCUUUAGGUUACAUACACUGCUCACAGCUCUAUUCAAGGGGCAUGUUCACCCUUGCUGCAGGUUUAUAUGACACCACACUAAAGUUUUUUACUUCCAAUUAUAAAGAUAGUUCCGAUCAUUUAACAUUUUCAUAUAAAUUCGGAUCGUUUAUAAAGCUCGAAGAGUUCAUGGACUUCCGCGAGCGUCUUAAUAAUAGUCUUCAUUAUGUCACUACUGCUGUAGACAAGAUAAUUUUAAGUCUUGUGCAGUGUAGUUCGAUUGAAAACCUUUAUAGCAUUGAUUUGGUGCCUAAAGACAAUAAAAUCGAGUGGGAGGAACUUAGAGACAAUCGUGAUGUAUCGGUCCAUUUAUCUUGGGAUCCUGAGCGAAUAGAAGGGUCUAUGGAAGAUAAUCUGGAUAUGAAGUUGUUAGUUGAGCAAGACAUGGCUCUUUUAAGACUUCGCUUUCUACUUGUUCGUUCUUUUUCGAUCUCGUUGGACAUCGUCAAAUCGUCCGAUGGAGUUCGAAGUAAACAUGUAGAGGAUCUUAGGGAUGUUCUUAAAGACUGGAAAAAUACGCAUUCCAAAGUAGCAGAAAAGCAUUACAAAAUGUUCGAAACGAUUUGCGUGGCCUACCCACUUCCAUCACAUCUUCAUGCUUAUCUCGAACUGCCGUUUUCCGAGUGUCUUAUUCGCGUCUUCGACUUAUUUUGCGCAGUCGCAACUGAAGUCUUCACGGACGAUAUUUCAGCCCUAUCAAAAGACGUCUGUACGUCCUUAUCUCGAUUAGUGGACAACAUCAGUCGGACAAUUAAAGUACAAAACGAGUCUAAAGACUGUCUUUGGAAUGCUGCCAACGUUUUAGAGCAAGUUGUUAACACUGUAGAGGUGUUUUCGUUGACAACGUUGGUAUGUCUACUGGCCCAUGACCUCCUCAAGUUGCCUCAAGGGAGUAAAAAGUCGAAAAAGAAAGUUGAUUCCGCGUUCAGGGAUCGUCUUCAGGAGGUAGCGGUGCACAAGAAGCAGCAGAUGCAAAAGAUUGAGGAAUCACUGGAUGCUUGGAAUUAUUUAGGGGAAUUUAGCGACAAUUUAACGGAUCGUUUGGCAGCUUUGAAUCUGAACGUGAACGGACAGGACUCAGUUAAAGAACAGUUGAAAAGUAGUCACGAGAUUGCCCUUAAGGAAAUUCGAAUUGUUUUACGGUCCAAAGUGAAACUGUUAAGUGCUAGUUUUAAUAGUUAGCCACAUGAUGUAUAGGUAGUAACGUAAAUAAUUAUCACUAUAGUGUUUAUUAAUAUUUUUUAAUAUUUAUUGCGGUUUUUAAGCCCUGCUACAACUUAGUAUCACCGACCUCCAAAAUUAACUACAAAAAGGAACAAAUUUCGUUUUUAAUUGAUUGUUAAUUACGAAUUUUACACUGAAUGUUAUUUUUUGUUGUCUCUGGUAUCCUCUAAAAGGUUUUUAUUAUACACCUACAAUAAUCCUUAAGGGUUUUAUAAUGACCGUCUAUUAAUUUCUCAAAUACAGAUGUUUAGAAUCCGAUAUCCACUCUAUAUAUCGGCUUUGAAUCCUUUAAAAAUUAAUAAAAAUUAUUUUGUAUGUGAUGAGGGUUCUUACAGUCCCUUACACCAUUUGCUGAUAUUUAGGUUUAUAUUCGUUUCCAGAAUUUAGGUAAUUUUGCUUGACAUACAUACAAUUUUAAGUAUGCCUGAAAAUAACAAUCGUAGUGAGAUUAUUAAUGAAAUGAUGUACCUUAUCAUAAGCUUAAAACUGUAAAUAAUUUACAUACAUUGAGUCGUUAUCAAAAUACGAUGAUGUCGUAGUCUUAUUAUAUAUAAAGUCGGUAUACAUUUCUAAACAUUCUAGGAAAGCUAACAGUAAUUCUCAUUGAUUUGUAUAAUUUUAAAUUAUUAACAUCAAAUGGCGUUUGUUAAAUGUGAAGAUGAGCGAGACAUUUUUGUUCCUUAUUGUUCCUUUAAGUAGAAGAAGAACAUUUUAUGUUUUGACCUAAAAUACUGUAAAUAAAUAAAGUCGAUUAUAACAUUUCAA